AAAUCAUCACUGUAUUAAUCUUUAUUCACUUACUCUAGAAAAUUAACCACAAAAAUGGAACUUCAUCUGGCUCCCUACGCUGCUCUUACUGCCGCCCUCGAGCGUCUCGACUAUAGCAGCAAGACCAUCUUAAUCACUGGAGGCGGCCAUGGUAUGGGUGUUGACAUGUGUCGGUCCUUUGCUGCCCGAAAGUCUUCUCAUAUCAUCAUCGUGGGCCGCAACGGAACUCGGAUCAAGGCCAGCGCUGAGAAGCUCGCUGCAGAGUUUCCUGCCACGCGCUUCACGGCCAUUUCCGCCGACAUUUCAUCCAAAGGUGAUGUCAAAAGGCUCUUUGAAAGCCUCGUUGACUCUCCUGACGUUCUCGUCAAUAACGCUGGAUACAUGCCCGUUCCAGAAAAAUUCCAAGAUGCCAAUCUCGACGAGUGGUGGUCUGGCUAUACAAUCAAUGUCUUUGGCACAGUCCUUGUAACUCAGACCUACCUCAAGCAUCGACAACUCGAAGCUCCCAAGACCGGCCCUGGCGUCAUCAUUACUCUCAACACCAUCGCCGCUUACUCGUUCGACAUGCCUUCCCUUAGCGCCUACGCCUCAAGUAAAGCUGCUCUUGCUCGCUGGCUGGAAGUUGCUUCCCACGACGUUCCACAGGAAGUUGCUCGCUUCAUAUCCGUUCAUCCCGGCGCUGUGGAAACUGACAUGGGCCACAAAGCUGGUAUAAUCGAAACGCUGGCUGUUACUGAGGCUGCACUGACUGGCGACUUUACUGCGUGGCUGGCCUCUGAUGAGGCUAGCUUCUUAGCUGGGCGUUUUGUCUGGGUCAACUGGGAUUGCGAGCAGCUUAUCAGCCGGAAGCAGGAGAUUCUGGAGAAGAAUCUGUUUCGGACUGCACUUGCUGGUGUCGAUUCCAGCCCUUUUGUGUAGCAGUUGGCUCUUGAAUCAGAUUUGCAAAUGCUAUGUAUAAGUUGAAUAGGCUUAUUAUAAUCCUUGACUUCGCUAGCAGGGCUUUUGUUUUCGUUAGUUAGCUGUGAAUUAUUGAUUAGAUAUCAGCACCAUAAUUUGCGCCGCGUUUUCACUGUCAGCUGCAGUUGAGCUUAUUAGUUUCGCAAAAGUUGUAGAAACUGUCUUUACUCUACAACUUAUUCCAGCACGUUAUUGUACCACGCG